CUUUUGUUGUCGAAGAGGCUCAGCUGGCUCCACUUGACAGGAAGAAGCGGCAGCUUGACCCCAUCUAAAGCCAGGAAGGAAACUCGCCCGCUUUUAUCCAUGUUCAAAAUGAGUCCGUCUGUGAUAUUUAUGUAUCAACUAGCUUCCAUCCAUCCUUUUUCUAUUCUGCUCAUCCAUGGAGCCGAUCCUAGCUGACGACGGGCAAGAGGCGGGUACUUCCUCAAAUGGUGGCCAGUCAAUCAAGGAGCCCCUGGACCCUGGCCAUGUGGCCAUGUGGCCAUGUGGAAGCUCAGAUUUCUGAUGAAUCUUUGUACAGCCAAUCACACAACAGCUUUUCCCCAUUUUAAGUUUUAAGUGGAUUUAUUGUUUUGGCAACAUUCCAGUUGAAGCUAACAAUGCAGCACCUGUCACCAUGGCAACCUCCACCUGCUGUGACAUCACGUGCACAGCCUCACCAAAACUCCAUCAAAGACACUUUCCUUUGAUGAUGUCAUCACGAGCUUUGAAGCUGAAAAGGAGAAGAAGAGGAAGCGUUUUCAGAUCCCACAGAUCGCGCUUUACAUUCAGUACUGAGUGUCACCGCAGUGACCCACGUUAUCGAGAAACCGAUCAAAGACAAGGAAGAAAGAUGGCGAAAGCAAAGACCGCAGACCUGGACUCUCGUGUGAAGUCCUACAUUAAAAACUGGGAGAUGGAUGUCAGUAAAGAGCUCCAGCUGACCAAGAUGAACCUCAUGUGUUGUUCGCCAGGUGCUAAAGCUCAACUGAAGACCAAAUACGAGACCCUGGGUGCAGUCCUCGAUCUGCUCCAGGGUAAAAAGGUAAAGGACACCUGCGGCAAAAGAGAGCUGAGGGAAGAGAUCGCAUCUCUCAAGCUGAAGCUGAAGGAAGCCAAAGACAAGGAGAAGCAGGCUCUUUACAGCCUUCGUGUCCAAGUUAAAAUAAGUGCUGACCUAAAAGUCGAGCUUAAGCGCCAUUACAAGAAUGCAAAGGAAGCAGACAGGACAAAGCAGGAACUCCGUCAGCAGAUGAAGGAGGCCCAGGAGGACUUUGCCUCCAGACUGAGUCUGGUGUCUGCCGUCAAUGUGGACCUCAGGUCCAAGCUGGAGGAGGCCCAGAAACAGCUGCAACACCCGCCCAGCUGGAGCACAGAGGCGCCUCUGGACCUGGCAGAGGUUCAGUUGCAGCUGAAGAAUUCCACCAAAGAGCUGGAGAAGCAAGCUGCCUUCAUUCAGUCCAGAGAGCAGCGGGACGAGGACGCCGAGCCAGAGACGGACGAGAAGCUCCAGGCUCCGACAAAGUGCCAGGAUCUCCGUGUCAAGAUGCACGGGGCUCUUGGCUUCAAAAUGCCGGAGCGUAAAUCAGACCUUCGUGGAAAAGAUGUCCAGCCUGACGAGGAGGGAGAGGAGACGACGGUUUGCCUCAAGAUCGGUCAGGUUAAGGAAAUCAUGGACGAAGCGAUCGCUGAGGUUUGGAAGACUCAUGAAGCUACGCUGGAGAAACAGAGAGAGAACAUCGAAGAGCUUCAGGAGUCUCUGGAAUUUGUCGAGGACGAGCUGGACAUCCAAACUCUAAACUCCAGAGAAGUCCUAGAAAGGAAGGAGCAAGAGUGGGCGGACAAGUAUGAGGAGCUUGAGACCAGGUUUAAGGAAAUGUCAGAUCGCGUCAGGAGGCCCAGGAGGAGGAACUGGUUUGUCAGGAUGUUUACGGGCUGCUGUUCACGUGUAGAGGACACUGAUCCUGACUUUGACUCCAUCUGACCGUCCAGCUGUCCGUGGAGGGGAGGCUCUCAGUGUUUCUGAACACAUCAAACCACAACACGGUGGCCCAUUGGUCAGCACUGUGGCCUCACAUGAGGGUCGGAUUCCCGGCCUUCCUGUGCGGAGUUGGCAUGUUCUCCCCGUGUGAGUGGAGGUUUUCUCCGGGUGCUCCGGUUAGCCUACCAUCAAAACGUGUCACAUUAAUUCAGCCGUCAGUCGUUUCGAUCUCGACUGUGAUUAAAUAUGACAAAUAAAGCUUAAAUAAAUCAAAAAGAAUCUAAAAUGAAGUCACAUCUGACUUUUUUAUUUUUCUGAUCAGGGUUUUGAUUGCAGCUUCUUGCUGAAGUCGUUUCUUAAAAACCAUCAUGCAAAGCUGCAUGAAAACAGGACACACAGGGGAAGAGACACUUUCAAAAUAAAACAGGACAUGACAAAAACUUGAACAUAAUACAUGGAAACACAAAAUACACAAGAAACACGACACGUGGGCUCAAAACCAAAAGACAAAGCAUAGCAAAAACACCAAGCACAACAGUACACACUGACAAGCCGAUCAAAUCUAAUUAAGAGAUAAAUGCUGUACAAAGUCAUUUGUUGUCUUUGGCCACAUAAAGAUUAAAAUCACCCACAAUAAUUAAUCCAUUUGUUUGAAAGACAAGACUUGAUAAAAAUUCAGAGUAUGGACUGGGCGUGUGGUAUACUGUAUCAACUGAAAUACAACACGCUGUUUUCCAGGUUCGCUGUGAACUUAUCUCUCACAACAGCUGCUUUGUGCGAUGCAACCUGGUUUCCUCUGGUGAUGAGUAAACGCUGUGAGAGUUACUCCACAUCACAGUGUGAAAGCCGUGGCCUGAGCCCGCCCUUCCUCCUGUGCUUCCACUGAACUCUUCAACCUGCAAGUCAGGAUGAAGAGACACAUUUCAACAGUCCAGAGAACAAACCAGUUCCUCAAAAACAAGGCACAGGGUCCCCUGAGGUCUCCAAAGACAGAAGACAGAGUUUUAUCUCACUGUUGUGGUUUUAUGGCUCAAGUCUCAGCGCUCUCAUCAGCCUGCAGCAGCAGGCAGCUGCACAUUCAUGCAGUAGAGCAUUUGUGAGGUCACACACUGAUGUUGGACCAAAGGGCCUGGCUCACAAUCUCUGUUCCAGUACGUGACCACAUGUGAAAUCUGGCCUUCGUUGUCAUAUUUAGCCUUAAAUUCUUGAGUUAUAUCUAAACACUGUGUUUUGUGAGGUUUGUAAGUGACGUUUGACCUCCAAAUUCUGAUCAGUUCAUCUCUGAGCUCAAUUGGACGUUUGGGUCCUUUAAGAUGCUUCCUGGGACAUCUCAUUCAUGAAAAUGGGACGGACAGAUGGACGGACAGAGAGACAGCCCACAAACGUAAGGCUGGCCACAGGUUUCACAAAGGCCUUAAGGGUCCAAUCCGCAGCUGGGCUGGACGUUCAUGUUCUCCCUCACCUGCCUGUUGACACACCUGCCUCCAGUUCACCAGUCAGCCACCUGCACUCAGUCGCCUUUUAAGACUGGUCUCUCCUCUCCGCCUUUGCCAGAUUAUCCCGCUGCCUUAGUGGUAUCCAGAUCGGCUCUCCUUGUGUAGAUCUUUCUCUGUGAAGACUGACUCAGGAUUUACCUGACCCUGUCUUUUGCUCUGUGCAGGUUUAACUGGACCCUUGUUGCUGGACCAGGUUUAACCCACUCCUGGUCUCUGUGUGUUCUGCUAUUGGGGUUCAUCCUGAUAUGGCAGAAGUUACUUGUAACAAUGGAAUUGAUUUGUUUGUAAGAUAUCAAAGCUGAAUUAACCCUGUACUGCAUGACUUUUUAAUUUUUGGGAAAAAAAUAUUUCACCCUAUUUUGUGGGAGCCAUGGGGUCCCUAAUAAUAUAUCAAUCAUAAAAUUUGACCCCCAACCCCCAAAGAGAUAUAGGUUUGUUGCUUCAAGGCAACAUUGUGCAACGAGGGUAGUCAAACACGCAGUUAGUCACAGUUAGUCUAUGAUAAGUUUUAUCAAUACAUCAAGCAUGAACAAAUAAACAAACCACAAAUAAACAAUGUAAACAUUUCAUAGAACAAUAAAACACCAAAAUACAUCCAAAAUUUGAUCAGGGAUCCGUCUUGUUCAUUCAGUGUGGAACCUCAGGAAGCAGUUGAGGUCGGGGGUGAAGCAGAGGUGCACAUUGCAUUUGCGGCACAUUGCUUUUGGUGUACCAUUGCACCCUGGCACCCUGCAUCAACAGAGUUGCUGUAAGGCCAAAGAGGGACAUGUAGACCACAGUACCGAGGAACUGCUCUAACCCGUUGGUGGUAAGGUUUAGGGUCACACUGAAAUGCGUAUAAAUUGGAUUCCUGUACUAUAACUUCAAGAAUGUCUUCAGAGAAGAACUUUCUGAAGUAUUGGAAGGGGGACAGGAUGUCAUCAGCUUUUGUCAGCUGGCCAUGCCAGUCUGGGUAGGCAUCGAUAGAGUUGUGUACUUUUCUCCAUCUUGGGAGGUGACACACUUCACCCUCCUCUUCAUCUGAAUCUCCAUCUUCCUUAGGGUCACUAUCUUGUGGCUGGUGUUCUUCUGAAAAGAAGAAAAAGGAAAAAAAUAUUUAAAAGAAAUAAAUGCAACAGGAAGACUUGCAUGCAUGCAUGCACGCACACACACACGCACACACACACACACACACACACACACACAAUAACUGUCUCUAACUGCACAUUCCCUUGGUUUCCUUCUAUAAAAUGUUUUUAAGUCCUUUUCCUGUAAUUAUCAGUAGAUUGUAAAGUAAAAAACAUUGACUAUGAUCAUAUAAAUGCACACAAACUCAUGUCUACACACACAUAUGUUAAUGCAUUAUAUUGCAUGAAAAAAAUUAGGCUAAUUGCACAGUGUUGCCUUGAGGCACGAAUGAAAAUUAACAGUUUUACUGUAUAAAUAAAUUUAAAAAAGUAGAACAAAUGAUCAAAUAUACUUCUUUACAUAUUCAUGCACAUGCAAGUAUUUUUUAUAUACAUUUAUUUCAAUAUAGACAUGCAUAAUAGUGAUCUUUAUCUUACCUUCUAAUGGAGAUGUCUCUCCUGUAGUGCUGCUUGGAGAAAGGGGUCCCCACCCUCCCAAAUGAAAGUCACACGACCUUCAACUCAUCAUUUUAUUGGACAGAGAUGUGUCUGGUAGCAUUAUUUGAAAGAAAAGUUUUGUUUUUUUUAAAAGGGCCAGUGUGAGGCAUGAAAAUGUGGUUUGUUGCCUCAGAGCAACGCUAUGCAGUAGAGGGUUAAGAAUUACACUUAGAUUUCUUGCGUAUGCGUGGACAUGUGAAGGCCCAAGAAAAUGAUCUACACCACAAGUGAAGUUUUCAGGGUUGCUGAGAGGGAGCUCUGUCUCAUUCUCAUGUUAAACUGGAGCAAACUUUUGGCUGUGCAGCAUUUGAUAACUUUGUGGGUGUGUGAUAAUAGUUAAAAAUGUUAAAUUCAUUAGGUUUCCUUUGGUCCAGAUGUGACAUCUAAGACACAUUUCAAGAACAAGAGAAGACCCACUGAAAACCUGCCAGUUGCCUUCUGUCUUCCUUGAUUUUGUAAUAUGGUCAAAUAAGGUAAUGAUGGUGACACUUUGAGGCUUGGGCGGUUUUGGUGGUGGUGGUGGUCAAACUAUAAAAUCAUCCUUCCUUCUUACUGUAUUCACCGCAGCAGCAGCAGCUUCACUGCCAGCACUGAGAGGAAAACGGACGAAGUGGCCAACAUCCAUCUGACAUCUUCAUCCACCAAAGGUGUCUUCAAGAAAGAUGGCUGGUCUCUGCUGGAUGGCCGUGACGCUCGCCUUCUUCCUGUCUGCUCAACACAGUAUGGCUGCUGUGGACCCCCAAAGACUUUCUGAAAUUGUUGAUGGCGUCUUGGGACUGUACGGAACAGAAGGCAUGUUCAGUCUGGCUGUCCGGAUCCCAGGCAACCAGGACAUUCAGAAUAUCCUCCAGACCCUCUCUGAAAGUGAUCCCGCCGGGAAUGUGGAGAACUAUUACGCGAAUGACGGCGUGUACAAAGGCAAAAGGUUGGUUGCAGCCAAAGUUCUGAAAAAACAAAGCGGAGGAGCUGAGGAUGCAGAGUCACGAGUUGUGACCCACCUGCAAAGACUGUGGGACAUUCAUCAGAAAGAAAAAAAAAAAAAUCCAAAUGAGGUUGAAUCUGAAAUGUUGCUUUUCUAUGUGCGUUCCUCCCCAUGUGUUGAAAAAUGUACAAACAGGAACCAUCCAGAGACAAUACUUGAAAAAAUACAAAAGGCAAAAAAAUGGCAAAACUACGCUUUUGUGUUUUCUUUAGUAUUCAGACCCAGUUCAGGCAAGCCCAAUACCCCUGAAGAACUGAGAGGAGCCCUUGAGAGGCUCGAGGGGGCAGUCGGGUGGGGAAGCGUAUACCGUUGUGACAAAACAAGAGGCGGUCAGAGGCUGUGCAGAAGCUGCUCUGCUGGAGGAGAGGUUGCAGAAUAUUGUUAUUCCACUAAAGCUAAUUUUUUCAACACUGAUGGUGGUGCAACUGCGCCUGGGACAUCCAUACAGCCCCAACCAGGUAGCAGUUACUCCCCCUCACGUGGCCGAAGCCCAAGCCGAAGCCCAAGCCGACGCCCAAGCCGAAGCCCAAGCCGACGCAGCAGUGUCAGUUCAAGCGGAGGUGUUUCCACAAGUGUUGACAGUGACGCAGGAGGGAGUCAGGGUGGCAGACGAAGGCGUAACAGGCGCAAGAACAAGCAAAAAACUAAUACAGGUGACAGUGUUUCCUCAUCCCGAAGUGGCCGUAAGAUCAGCGAUUCAAGCGCUGGCAGUUACACAGGAGGGAGUCAGGGUGGCAGCGGAGGGGGCAGGCGCAGACGAAGGCGUAACAGGCGCAAGAACAAGCAAAAACCUAAUACAGGUGACAAUGUUGCCCUGUCCUAAAGUGGCCUUGAGAUCGGCAAUUCACACGUUGGCAGGGCGAUGCAUGACAGUAUGGAGGACAGUGCAGGACGAGCUUAAAAAAUCUAUGCAUAAACUUUGGCAAAAUGAGCAUUCGGUUCCCCUUAAGCUUCUCAUUAACUGAAAUUCUUCUCUGCAUUUAAGCCGUCACUGACUGAACACACACACAACAUGCAGUGAAACACACAGGAGCAGUGGGCUGCCAUGUCAGGUGCUUUGAUGAAAGCAGUCUGGGGGGUGGGGGAUGGAACCAGCGACCCUCCGGUCACAAGCCGCUUCUCCAGCCUCUGGGCCACGCCUGUACUUUGUUGUGCAGAUAAAAAUGCACACAAAAAGAAUCAGCAGCACUGAUACUUUGGGAUCAAUCUGUCCACCCCUCACUUUACAUCGUCUCUUGUCAAAUACUGAUAUCUGGUGGGCUUUCCAUAUUUACAACACAACAAGGUGUGUGAGAUGUGUGUGUGUGUUAAGACGUUAUACUUUCAUGCAGCAGUAAGUGCAAAUCUUUACAUACUGGACAGUUCCUGAUACCACAUGUGUUCUCUGUUUGUGUACAGGAAUCAUUUUCAUUCUGAAUUUCUGUUCUUUCUGAUUAAAGCUUGGCUCAGCAUCA